AUGUUUUAUUUUGGCAAACAUGAUGAGAAUGAUACAUGUCAUUUAUCUAGUUCCAAGGCCUUUGGACAGAAGCUGAAAACAUGCAUCCAGUUGUGUAAGAGAUGCAUAUUGGAGAAAAGCCUCUCAGUGGAUAAUCUCUUUAUUUUUGUUCUAAUAUUCAAAUACUUCAAAGUUCCAACAUUGUAUCAGGUGAUGCAUAAACCUUAUUGUCAACGUUUGCUUCCACUUCUUAUUGAAUUUACAAAAUGGUGUACUUUCCUAUGGUAUUGCUGGUGUGGUGUGGUUGUUUUUCGCUUGACAAUAAUACUUCUUGGAACAGCCACCAUUCAGAGGUUUCAGGCAGUCAACCUUCUAUUGGCGGAAAUACUACUCUUCUCAUCAUUUAAGGCAUACCCUACUGUUAAAUUUGCAGAUGCAAGUCUUUCGACAUUGAAAGGAGAAGUCGGAAUCAUUCAUGUGCAUAUGUUGAUUCACAGGUGA